AUGUUUGAGGGGCCUCUGGAGGAUGGCCUCCCCCUUUCAGGACGUCGUCAGGUUAUGGUCCUGAAGGACUCUGAACUCAUUGUAGCUGCUGGGAGCGAACUGAGGAUAACUUCUCUUUCGGACUCCAAACUUGGAAGGAGUACGAACAGGUUGUUCAAGGUCUUGAACACCCCGAAUAUGCAAUUCGGGAUCCACCAACUCGCCCUGAAUCCGAGUGGCAAGCUUAUAGCUGUGGCAGGAGCAUACCAAGUUGCAGUUGUGGUCCUCCCUCGUGCUGGGUAUUCCAAGCUUGUAUCCUCUUCUGUGGAUUGCAAGUCAAUCCAAGUAGGAUCUUUCUACCAUAAUUCGCAUCCGGCUGCUCCCAUAGCCAAGAUUGAAUGGCAUCCCUGGGGCGAAGCAGGAUCCACACUCAUGGUCAUGACCGUCGACGGGAAACUAAGAGAGUAUGACAUUUCGGUUGAUACUGAGGAACCCCAACAAGUGCUGUCCUUUGUUCCCGAGAAGAAGAACUCGAAGUCAUACCUGGCGGAAGACCCUGCCGAGCACGAGGUUGCAUCAUUUACUCUAGGAAAGGGUAAAGCAGAUUGGGGCCCACUCACCGUCUACGCCAUCAUGAGGUCAGGAGACAUUUAUUCUAUAUGCCCUUAUAUGCCCAAAAACGCAUCUGUGCCAUCGUCUUACGUGCAUGCACUGGAAUGUUUCAUCUCCGCCAAGCAGGAGUUCUUAUCUCAGGGGACAUCUAGCGGGACGUCAGCCCUUUCGACGCUCUACGACUACCAACGGAAAUUUGUCACAGCGUUGCUGAGGCAACUUCCACCGGGGACUGUGUACCCGGCCAUCUCUCGCUCAUUUUCUAUGCACCCUCCCACGACCAUAAAAAACCAACCAAUGCGUCAGGGGCCUUUCCUCCUCCAACCUUCGCCUCGUUCAUUAGAAGAUAGCGAAGGCGGUGAUGCAACGGACAUCGCGUAUCUUGCCUUCAUUCGUGAUGACGAUGAAGACGACGCAGGCGAGACUGAACGUCUUGGAAUUGUCAUCGUCACAUAUCAAGACGGUAAAAUUGACGUUUGCUUAGACGUAGAGAAAGUCGAGGCGCGGUGGGAGAGCAAACAGGAUAUAUCUCAGGACCUGCCCAUGCUAGCAGUCUACGAGUGCAUAGACUUGGGCUUGAUUUCGAUGCUGAAACAGACGCCACCUUUGUCAUCAGGCACACCCAUCCUCGACCUCCUCCAAGCAAACCACCCCGUCUUACUGAUGGAUCCGAUACAUGACGAUACUGUAUACGUCUAUCAUGCUUUUGGCGUUCAUGUCCUUGAUUUUGGAGACCUGCUGCAAUGUCUCUCCAAUGGACUCCGCGCAGACGACGACGACGGCGUUGCAUUGAAGCAAGCGUUGCAAAAGUCAGCAGGCACACAUGUCAUGCCCUUGCUGAAUACCUAUUCAGUGAACCGAAGGUGCUCAAAUCCGAUCAUUGCUGUAUCCGUGCCGAACGACGUCUAUCUCUCAUACAGUAUACUAAUCCUCACUUCCGUCUUCCGCUUCGCAUCCUUCCCGCUCAACCUUCGCACCGAUCUUUCUCUCUCUCGGACAGCUCCUGAUCUACCUGAUAAAAAAAAGACUUCCAACACUGAGGACUUGCUUGCGCCUAUUGAAGGUCCACUGGCAUACAUCUCGCUUUUAGGGACGGAGCCCUUCGUGCCACCUCCAGUGCUUUCGCGUCCCUGCGGAUUGCCUAGUAAUCCUCGCAUUGCAAUUGGAACCCAAAACACUAAAACAGAAUUCAUGCUCACCCCUGAAACAUUACGAUAUCUGGGUUCAACGAUUGAAGGCUUCACAUCACAGAUCCGCGAAAUCAUCCUCGCAUACAAGGCCACUGAAGUACGAGCCGAACUGCAGGCGAAGGAAUUUGAGCGACAGCGGGAGAAGUGUGGUGUGAUGCUCGAUCUCAUCGAGCAGCUGCGCGGCUCGCGGUAUAGCGAAGUCCAAGAACGACUCGAAAGAAUACGGGAAGCAUAUAGGGCGCUGGCAUCAAGGUUGGACCACAGGCUGCAGACACUUAUGCAGCAAGCAUCACCGAAGCUCAGUGAAUAUGAGACAAAAUGGUUUGAGGAAUUACGAAGGAUGAAGGCAGAGAUUGCUGGGGCGGGCAGGUACGACGAGCACUCGCUUGCCGCGCGGACAUCGCUGCUCAAACGCGAGUAUGACCGGGUGUUGCCCAGCUUGAAUGACAUGGUUGCCAAGGAGGCAGAGCGUAAGAAGUAUCUGAAUGAAAGUGGACUGGGGUUGUCGCAGGCUUUCCAGUUCGGAGAGCAGUCGAACCAAGAGCGCACGAAGAUAGCUGAGCUCGAAGAAGAUAUCAUGAAGAUGGCAUCGAAGUUGGAACUUUCGUUAGCUCGCCCGCCAUCGCUGCGGGAAAGCCCCAAGAAUGACUAG